AUGGUACAACUAGCAGGUUUCUCUACCCCUAAUAACACCGUCCAAUUGUCCCCACCACAAAAGUUGAAUGAGUUGGCUAGUUUCACGUGUGAAAUAUGUGUCGAGCCCACAAUUUUGCCUGAACGGAAAUUCAAGAAUGGAGACUUGUGUACUCAUCCUUUUUGCAACGAUUGCAUUAUCAAAUACGUCAAAAUGAAAAUUGAAGUUGACAACGCCGCGGAGAUCAAGUGUCCCGACCUAUGUUGCGAUUUCAAUCUUGAUAUGCUCUCUUGUCGUUCGAUCCUCCCUCAUAAGUUGUUUGAAAGAUGGUGUGAUAUCCUUUUUGACAAAAUCAUUUUGGGGCUCGAUCAUUGUUAUUGCCCUAAUCGAAAGUGUGCAACGUUGAUGGUGAACGAAUGCGGUGGAGAUGUAAAGCGGUCUAUUUGUCAUAACUGUAAACAAGCGUUAUGUUUCAAGUGCAAAACUCCAUGGCACGCUGGCUUUGAUUGUAAGGAUAUUGAACAAAUUAAGGAUGAAAAUGACGUUGCUUUUGGUGUUCUUGUUGAGAAGAAUAAGUGGAUGAAGUGCCCUAAAUGCAAGUUCUAUGUCUCAUUGAAAAAUGGUUGCACAAAAAUCUUAUGCAGCAUUUCCGGAGAACUUGUUGAAUUACAGGUUGAAUCAAGUACUUAG